CACUCACCAACAAACCACUCACCCCCAACUCACUCACUGGCUCUUCCAAAAACGGAAGAUCAUCAAUCCAUCAAUAAAUUUCCCAAUUUGCAUAAAUUCAUUUAUUUCCAACAAAAUUAGCAAAAAUAGCUUUCCUCUUCAUCACCACCGCCUUCUUCUUCUACCUCGUCCUCUCUCUCACUCUUGCUGCGUGCUUUUUCGUCGUCUCUCUCGCUCCCCCAACCGCCGCUGCUUCGGCGCUUCCUCAAAUGGCGACCAUGGAGGGCUUGAUAGGCCUCGUCAAUCGAAUUCAGAGGGCCUGCACGGUCCUCGGUGACUAUGGCGGGGACUCUGCUUUGCCUACUCUCUGGGAGUCUCUUCCUUCCGUUGCCGUCGUCGGAGGCCAGAGCUCUGGAAAAUCGUCGGUGUUAGAGAGCAUUGUUGGGCGUGAUUUUCUUCCGAGAGGAUCAGGGAUUGUGACGAGAAGACCAUUGGUCUUGCAGCUGCAUAAGACAGAACAGGGGAUGCAGGAGUAUGCUGAGUUCCUCCACCUGGAAAAGAAAAGAUUCACUGAUUUCUCUGUGAUUCGGAAGGAAAUUCAGGAUGAAACUGACAGAAUCACUGGGAGGUCGAAACAGAUUUCUCAUGUUCCUAUUCAUCUCAGUAUCUACUCCCCUAAUGUUGUCAAUCUAACAUUGAUAGAUUUGCCUGGUUUAACCAAGGUUGCUGUAGAGGGGCAGCCAGAGAGUAUUGUUCAAGACAUUGAAAACAUGGUUCGUUCUUUUAUUGAGAAGCCCAACUGCAUCAUCCUGGCAAUAACUCCGGCCAAUCAAGACAUAGCAACAUCUGAUGCUAUAAGGAUCGCUAAACAAGUUGAUCCUGCUGGUGAAAGGACAUUUGGUGUGUUGACAAAGCUUGAUUUAAUGGAUAAGGGAACAAAUGCUUUGGAUGUUCUCGAAGGAAGGUCUUAUCGGCUUCAACACCCUUGGGUUGGAAUUGUGAACCGUUCACAAGUUGAUAUUAAUAAAAACGUCGAUAUGAUUGCUGCCAGGCGGAGGGAGCGCGAGUUUUUUUCCUCCAGUCCUGAUUAUGGACAUUUGGCAAGCAAAAUGGGGUCAGAAUAUCUUGCAAAACUUCUCUCAAAGCAUUUAGAGUCUGUAAUUAAAGCUCGCAUUCCAGGAAUUGCAUCUUUGGUCAACAAAAGCGUUGGUGAACUUGAAGCCGAGUUGGAUUAUCUUGGUAGACCUGUUGCUAUUGAUGCAGGGGCACAGUUAUAUACUAUCUUAGAGUUGUGCCGGGCAUUUGACCGGAUAUUCAAGGAGCAUUUGGAUGGAGGACGACCUGGUGGCGAUCGGAUAUUUGCAGUAUUUGACCACCAGCUCCCUGUUGCUCUGAAGAGGCUGCCUUUUGACCGUCAUCUUUCACUUCAAAAUGUAAGGAAGGUGGUUUCAGAGGCGGAUGGAUACCAACCUCAUCUAAUUGCACCGGAGCAAGGUUAUCGGCGCCUCAUUGACAGUUCACUUAAUUAUUUCAGAGGCCCAUCUGAAGCUUCUGUAGAUGCCGUUCACUUUAUUUUGAAGGAAAUUGUAAGAAGGUCAAUUGCAGAAACUCAGGAGUUGAAACGCUUUCCAACUCUUCAAGCGGAAUUGGCAGCAGCUGCCAAUGAAGCGUUGGAGAGGUUUCGUGAAGACAGCAAGAAGACGACUUUGCGUUUGGUGGACAUGGAAUCCUCUUAUCUGACUGUGGAUUUCUUUCGGAAACUCCCUCAAGACGCGGAGAAGGUGGGAGGAAAUCCAUCUGCUGCUUCCGAUGAUCGAUAUGCAGAGGGCCACUUCCGCAGGAUAGGAUCCAAUGUUUCCUCCUAUGUAGGGAUGGUGUCAGAGACGCUUAAGAAUUCUAUCCCGAAGGCUGUUGUUCAUUGUCAAGUGAGGGAGGCUAAGCGGUCUUUGCUCGAUAACUUCUAUAUCCAAUUGGGCAAAAUGGAGGGAAGGCAGCUUGCACAAUUGCUGGGUGAGAAUCCCGAAGUGAUGGAAAGGAGGCAACAAUGUGCCAAGAGGCUUGAAUUGUACAAGUCUGCAAGGGAUGAGAUUGACUCAGUCUCAUGGUCCUGAUGAAAUUAAACACGAAUGAAUUUUUCGUAUUCUUUUUUAGGAUAAGUAAUCAUGAAUACAAUCAAGUAUAGUUGUUUCUGGUACAAUAAAUAUAUAUAUAUAUAUAUAUAUAUAUUCAAUUAAACAGAAGCAAUUUGAAGGUAAUUCUCAAGGUUUUGGGAUCUGGUGAACAAAAUGGUUA